GCAGCCGUAUCCUUAAUAAGCCUUACUUUGGAGCGUUACCGCUACGAUGACAACGGAAACCGUUUUUGAUUUGGCAUAUGACCGAAUAAAAUCGUCGAAACGCCCCUUAAGGCCAAAGCUCCUGAAAUUAACAGAUGUUACCAUACCACACCGUAGUCGAAAGAAAAUUAAAGUAAAGUCAAAGGAUCGGUCAACGACUGUGCGUGAUCGUAUAUACGAUGAUCCGGCAUACACAGAAGACAUUAGCCACCUGGCUAACCCCCUACGCCGCAGCAGCUUGUCUGGCAAAUCUUCGGGAGGCUAUAACCACUGUUCCGAAGCUACAAUGCAGUCUGUAGCCAGUAGUAGUUCUUUGGGUAAACGCAGUCAGUUGACUAAGGACUUUCUAAAAUAUGCGGAAAGUAAAACAGUUAAAGCCAGCAACAGCGGAGCACUCAACAUGGAUUACGAAUUUGAUUCCAGCAGCUCGGAUAACGAGAAACAAAAACUAUUUAAGGACGGCAGCAUACCCAGGCGUGUGCUCAGCCUGGAGAGAAGCUUAGCCGCUACGGUUGACGAGAAGAACGAGAAGAAAGCAGCUACCCAAAAACGUAGCUCCAAGCAGAAACGAAAUCUGAGUCUAGAUAAUAGUAGAAAGACAACACAAUCACAUCCGCAACAGACGCCAAAUAAGGGUAAACAGAGUUACAUGAGUGAUAUACGAAAUCGGAAGGAACACAAUCGUAAGCAAUACCUGGAAACAGAAGCUCAAUCUGGCCGAGGUGCUAGCGAGAAGCAGGAUAUAUCAGUGCGUAUUUCGACACAGAAUUCGCUGGCCACGUUGCCUGUAGACGCGACAGCGAAAUUGCCAAUUGGCAGACGUCUUCUUAAAGGCGAAAUUGGUAUCAAAAGCUUUAACUAUUAUCUUCUGAAGGAGGGCCUAAAGAGCUCCAAGAAGCUUGAUAAGCAGCGUAAUGUAGGUGACGCAAAAACCGCCAAAAACAGUGACAAGAAAUUGCAUACGCGCAGCGAAGAGAACAUUUAUGAGGAGAUAUACUUUAAAGAUGUGUCAGGUUCAAUGACAAAGCUAAAGAGUAGCGUAACAAUACCUGCUGCAGCUGUGCAACCUAAUGAUGAAAUGCAAAACCAACACCAACAACAGGAGUGCAUGCCAGAUGCUGGCAUCUAUAUGGACUGUGAACUGUGCAUGCAGCAAUGUAGCAGGGAGAAUUGCAAGUAUUGUAUAGUCCAAGGUGACUCGGCGGCUAGUGCCCAGCUUCAGAAGGACGAUAACAGCGGGAAGCAAGCAGCCACAUCAAGCGAUCUGCCUGCUGCCCACAUUCUGGAGUUUCAGUCCUACAAUCCAAACAAUCCGGGCGUAUACAAAAUUGAAACGACGCCCGUUGCCAUAACAGGUGAAUACAAUCCGAUUCUGCAAUUCCAACAAUCAUCUGUGGGAACAUCCACCACAACCACGAUAUCACCUUGCGAACAGCAGCUGCACAACCAUCGUCACCACCAACAACAACAAAAACAGCAGCAACCACAACAACACAUAUACAGUGGUUUUGAUCAGCAAAACAAUGCUUUACAUCAUAACAUAGCAAGUAAUCCACUCACAAAUCGCUAUAACGCUGGGGGAGCCAGUCUUUUGCUGACACAGGCGACCCCACGACGACCGAAUCUGCAACAGGGUUAUAUAGUUGGCUACCAGAAUGGUGGUGUUGGAACAACAACUGCAUCCGUCCAACGCAUAAAUACUAAAUCUUCCUCCUCGAGCGACUCUCUGCCUUAUCACAAAUAUAACACAAUGGCCCGGCUAGAGGCGAAUGUGUUUGCCACACCAGCCGUGGGUGAAAUCUACUAUGCCAUUGGUGGCGUAGAAGGGCCUCCCAUGCAUCCCUUAAUGUAUGCGGGUAGCAGGCCGAUAGGUGGCUCACAGAUUUUGGUCGACAAAUUUGAAUCGCAAAUGUACAAGAGCGAUUCGAAAGCAUCCAUCCUGAGUGAAUUCUCUCUUCGAAGCAGCGAUAAUUCACAGCGCUACACACGCUACCCACAUCGCUCAAAUAUAUUCUCAUCCCAUUCCAAUGCACAUCAGCGUCGGUACUUUGGCAGCACGGAAAGCUGUCGCAUUGGUUAUGACUGCAGACGCUGCAGUUUGGACGGCAUUAUGAGUAGAGGGGUAAUGGGUAUGGCAGCAACUGACAAAUGCACCAAUUCUGAUAACUGUCGGUCUGACUGUCGCAACUGCGAUUGCUCAUCAAGCUAUUUUAGCUCCGAUUUUGAUGACAUUUAUGGCACGAUGGCUCGUGGUGGCAGCAGUGGCAUACCGCGCAAAACAGCGGCAGGUACGCUGCCAUCCAGCAGUCCAGCGGAUCCCAGUAACUAUAAGCAGACACCUCUAGUGAUGCCAGAAGAACAGCCACCGCAGCUGGACCUCAAGCAGAACAAAUAUGCCAUGGACUUCUUCAAACACGUCAAUGACGUCAAGCGCAGCAUCUAUCAGUCCGAAAUGCAGCGGAAUAACAGUCUGGAGUCGACACGCCGAGGACGCAGAAACAGCAGCAACCUAAAAUUUAGUCCCAAACGAUCAGCCUCCCAACCGCCUUUAGCACCGCUAAUUGUGACUACACUACCGCUCAGCAAAGGACGUGGUACAACACCAACAAAACCAACUCCUGCGCCUAGGACAAGCCUUCAAAACCAAUCACAGCAAAAGCCGCCAGAGGACACGAAGCCUCCGUCGGCGAAGCGUAAGCCACAACCAACAGAGCGCCGUGAGUAUCCUUCGUUGGAUCGACUGGUAGCCUCCUCAACUGGAGCCAUACCCAAAUGGCAGAGCCAUACAGUGGGGGAAGAAGAUCCAACAAGUAAUAAACAAAAGUCCAAGCAAACGGAAACAGAGUCACGAGAGCGACGUGAUCGAAGUGCACACGCAGAUUCUAGCGGGUCAGUAGCUGCAGCUGUAAUUGGUACCUCAGGAAAAAGACACCAUCGCUCGAGUAGCGGAAAGACUCAUCCAAGUGUUAGCAACCAAUUACCUAUUAUACGACGCAAGGACAUACCCGCUCCACCGCCACCAUCACCAGCAACUUACUCAGAUCUCCAAGAGUUGAAGGCCAACAUGGAGGGGCUCCAGGAUGACACCAAGUCCCGCUCCUUAGAAAGUGAAACUAGCGAAACGCCCACAACUACCACCGACCUUAUGGCAGUAAAAAUAGCGCAGGGGACUGUAACAGCCGUUGCAACAGCACUAAAAGCUCUAGCACCGAUAGCCGAGCUUACUGUCAAAAGCAAUACAGGAACAAGUGCGAGCAAAGCUGCGCCGGAAACGGAGGAUGAUGAUGUUUUCUACGAUGCACGCAGCGAAAAUUCUACAGGCGGCUUAAGUGUUCUACCCACCGCGGAAGGCGCUGUGCAAACUGCAAUUGCAAUGGGCCAGCCGUGUAAGGAUGCCUGCAUUAUACAACCAGAGCUUGACAAUUUCGACAUAUUAAUACAAAGCGCAGUUACGAUUUUGACAACGACGGAUAGGAGCGAACAGCAGCAGCAGCUGCCCAAGGCCAUUGUUGAAAACGCGAUACAGACUAAAAUCGUGAAUGUCGCUACAGUAUCGGCCACAACGAGUCGGCAGUCACCAAAUGAUGACGAAGUUGGCGAAGCCACAAAUGUAACAUCGACAAUGGAGGCUGGCAGCAAAAAGAGUUUGGCCACAUGUUGCCAAAGUGAAGCAGUAGCGAGUAUUCAGCAAAACGAAGCAACAGUCAAAACAAACAGCGAAGCUGCGAGCACAACAAAACGUAAUAAUAAUACAAGCACAUCAGAGGUAAUAACCCGAAAUGUUGACGCAACAUGUGUGGAGGGGCAAGAGACCAGUUUGACGGCAACAAAUGUUUCCCACAAAUACACAGACAGUAACAACGACAACAAUUCAACAACUAUUGAAGCAACAUUGGAGCUCGAGUUCAGUUGCAAGUCGGCACACACGGACAGCGCACCGCUGGUACACAGUGAGCCGCCUACAGUGCCUGCAGCAACAGCUGUACCGACCCAGGACUAUACCUGUCUCGACUCCAGCGAGGCAUUUUCCGACGAUAGUCACCUGACGCGUGACUCUGUGACUCGUGAGUCACAAAACGACGAACUCUCAUCAUCGACGGUCGAUAAGCUUGAUCUUAGCACAUUGCCGCUUCCAGCCCUUCCGCCAAAACGAAGACGUACGCGUUCGCGUGCCAGUCCUUCAAAGUAUCAUCAUCAGCAGCAGCAGCGUUUGGAAGACAGCGAAUAUGCAGAUGUAGCAGAUUCAAAAUCGGGCACAGCUUCAUCUCAGAUAUACCGAAAGCAAAAACAAGAAAAGGACUCAAUCCCGGAUUCGGUUAAAGCUGACCUCAUAAGAGUUCCUGACAACACAGCACAGCAAGACCAGCAACUGCAGCCGCAUAUAUCCGCACUCCAGCAAUACGUUGCAAAGCGACGUGACAGUCUUGAAGCAUCCACGCGUAACUUUAACGAGAAACUGGAGGCGCGUAGAAAGCUCUGCCACAUGGGUGGUACUGGUGGCAUAAGUGGUGCGAGCGCCACAUCUACAACGGAUGGUGGUGUGCCCACUUAUCUGUUUGGUGAGCAGUUCUAUGGUGCUAUUCGCAAAUCAAAGUCACCAUUGAGCAACAAAGAGGAAAUAUUUUUAAACAAGUCCGGCUGGGUGCAAGUAAGCACAAAGCCCAGCACCAACAGCAAGAACCAAAGUCUACACCUUAAUUAUAGUCGCCGAAAUGCAGACGGUGCUAUGCAGGACAAGAUCCAAGGACGUAAUGCUAUACGGGUCAUACAGAGCGAUCAUGCACAUCGUCCAGAGUUGUGUCGGCAACCAAUUGUGCACCACUUGCCAAACAGGUGUGAGCGUGAGCCAAAAUUCGUUGGCUCUAAGGUGGAAGAGCUAAUUCAGCGCAACGAAGCCCGACUAAGUGGGCUCUCAUCGAAAGAAGCGACGCUGCGUCCAGGUUAUCGAAUUGUCGAUCCUCAACUGGCAAGCAUACUCAAUGAGCGUCCCGGCUUUCUACCCGUCAACGAUCUUGAAUCACCACCACCCGUGACACCCAUUCUGUCGCCACCACCAGCUUUUCAGGAUAACAGUAGCAAUAUCAUUCGUACUCCAUGGCAUCAGGAACGACGGAAGUUUACCCGUCAGUCAUAUACACCUACACAGCAACCAAGGGCAUUUCAGCCUAUGCUUCUAAAGAAUCCACAACAACAGCAGCCGGGGCAUGGCAGUGGGCCGAACAGUGUCAAAGGCAUGGUCUUCUCACGGAGUUUCGAGUAUGAUACGCGUCGACCCACCAAUACCUAUGUAGAGACAUUUUCGCGCAGCUUCGAUGACAAUCUGUCGGAACGUCCAUCUGUCCUGCCAUCUUUGGCCGUUCAGCGUGAGCGGUCUCUCAACUUUAGCACUCUGACUGGCAACUCUCCCAAUUAUUUGUCGAAGCGUGAGGGCAGCGGUGGCGGCAACGUCAGCAACAACGUCGCCGGAAGACCGAUGCGUAGCAGAGACAACUCACCAAAGUAUUUGCAGCCGCAAACUACCGCCUAUCUGAAUGCGUCCGUAAAGGAGGCGCCACCCGGCUAUAGCGUGGCUAGCAGCAAUAUAGCCAAGUACUCACCCCGUUCGCGCCACGAUCGUACCUUUGAACGGUCCAAGAGCCACAAUGUGAUUGGACGUUCGAGGAAGUCACAAUUUAACUGCAUGGGCAGUAGCAAACCAGGAGCCCAACCUCCCUCUGUUCUGGGUAUGUCGCGUUUCCGCAGCCUGGAUACGACUAUCAACAACCGACUCAACUCAUGCGACAGCGGUGCUCGUUCAGAUCUUUCAAAUGACGAGAUCGACAACGAGGAUGGCAGCUCCACGGAAUUCUUAUCGGCGACUAAUUACCAGUAUCCGAAUAUGGCUUCAGGCUGUGCCAGCAUCUCACCAUUUAAGGCUCAGCGAUCCUUAACACCUGACCGAAAUGAUUCGCACAGCUCUUCAAGCAGUUUGCGGAAACAACGAUCUCUCACGCCCGAAUCGCGUUCCCUGACGCCGGAGGAGAGACGUAAACGGGGCUCACAGAUAUCCCUGAUUGGCUCACGUCAGAGUUCGAGUUCGCACAACAACACGUUAGACCGACGUCAUCGACAUGAGGACAAAACACCGCCAAUUAUAUCGCGCAGCUCAUCCAGUUCCAGUUACAGUCGCCGUGACUCUCACGAGCCAUUAAACAGCAGUCCAAGCACAACUGCUGCCACUGGCGGAUUACCUGGUGCGGCAAACUAUCGCCGUUCCGUGGGACGCAGUGCAACUAAGCAGACGGAGCACGAGCAUCUCAUUCGACGUUCCAGAUCCCUUCAACUUAGCGAGCGGUCACCGAAUCGCGGUCAAAAAUCGGUAAUAUGUGUGGGUACUGCAUCCUCAUUGCAAAAGCAGGCAGCACCUGUUCAUUAUCAGCAAGCGAACAGUGGCAUAUUUCCAAACUCAAUGCGGACCACCGGACUGGCGGCUAAUAAAAUGUUGGCCAGCUCAAAUGGAACAACUGGCCACUCAACACGACUGCGUCAGAGCGAUGUGGACAAGGCGUGCUCCUUUGACUUCGACUACAACAAUUACAAUCGCAGUGGCAGUGGCAGCGCCGGCAACGCCGCACGUUCCUCCACCCAUACAAGUGGCAGCGGUGGUGACAGCGGCAGCAAUCAGAAUCUGUGGUUGGACUGUGAUAAAAGCCGUUCAUUCGACGAGGAUUACCGCGAAGCAUUGCUCAACAACAAUGGCAGCAGUGGCGCCGGCAUACGUUUCUUGCAGCCGGGCAAUGAAUCGAAUGUGAUUGUAUCUGCAUCUUCCACCCGUCUGCGUCAAUCCAGCUCUCCGGUUGGUACCGCCGCUCAUGAGCAUAUGACAACACGCUCGCCACAGUCUUCAGGCUCAUCGUCUAACAACCUGCACCAGACAUCGCACCGCACGAGCAGCCCGCAGAGUCAAAGCUAUGGUACGCGUCUCUGUGACCACGAAUUAACCUACGAGAUGCUAAGAAAAUCACCUAUCAUGAACUUUCGACGUGACACUGAUUAUGAGCUGCCUGUGCAAUUGCGCAACCGCGAAACCAUCAAUUCCGGCGGCAACAGUGAGCUUAACUUUAUGAGUAACGAAACGCACAUUUACGAGCACCCGACAACUGUGCUGAAGCCACAUCGUUCCGUCUCACGCGAGGAUCAUUUGUACAGGUCGACGGCGGCACUGCCACGGAGUAGCAGUCCUGAGCCGCAAUUGGAAAGAGCAACUACCAACAAGAAAUGCAAAAAAAGUUUAACAUCCUGCGAUUAUUGGCCACGCUGCGACGCUUGUUGCAGCACCAGCACUAGCAACUUACAAUAUUUAGUGUCUUCGGCUUCAGUGAAACCAGUUGUGGUCAGGAAACAAAAUUCAUCACCAGCAGUUAUUCAGAAUAUGCAGCAGCAACAAAUCUCCGAAGUGACCUUAAAUGGGGAUCCCAUUAAAUUGAACAUUUGCACAGCAACAACAAUAAUUCCACACACCCAACAGUAUACACAUAGCAAAUGCACGACACCCCAAUGGACUUUCCUCUGCAGUGGUGGUGUCAACGCACCACCAGAGAACGAAGAAAGCGGAGUUAAUCACAUAGCCACGACCAGCAGCGAUCGUCGACAGCCAACUGCUGUUAUUCGACCCCGUGUAGUACCAUCAGCGAUAAGUUCUCUUGAGAUUUUAGGGGACUGUGAACAUAUUAUCAGAACACCAUUAUUAUCAGAACAGCAUGUCAAAGAACAUCAGAGGCCUGCGCGGAAGCAAACGGGAACAUUACCUAGCAACUUCGAAGAAAAUUCCAAAAGAUCAAAACAGAGUCAGCCCUCAACACCAGAAUCUCAGAGCCAACAAUCGGCCCGAACUCGCAAUGGAAACCAAGACUUGGACGCUAUAUUGAAAAAAGCUAACAGUGGGAGCUACCGGAAACGACAACGUUGUCAUUCACUGCCGAGUAGAAUUACAGCAUCGCAGCAGCUGCUCACGAUCGAAACUACCGUGGGAUUGCCGAAAAAAGAAAAGGAUGAUAUCAGCGUAAUUGAUAUAAGAUGUAACGGAUAUGUCGAGUGUUUGUCGCAGCAGAUGCGAGCUAUUUCGAGUCCUACUCUAACUGGUUCAUUCACGGAGCAAAAGAAUCCCCACUCAAAGCACACUGUAGCUAUUGAUUCAGCAACCAAUCCAUAUGCUACAAAAGAAACCAGCGGAGGCAGCACUGCAGUUGGAGGUGGCAGCUGCGGCGUCUUACAGAAAUUCAAACGAACAUUGCACAAUUUAAACUACAGAAAUCAAUUGCAAAUGACACCACUGACCGGAGGUGCCGAUCUUCACAUGGUCGGCAAAUCAUCGCCCCCAGCACAGACACUUACAGCACCAGCGCAAGCUAAAAUCACCGACGCGCUCCAAACUGUCAAUUUUAGCGGUGAUACAAGUUCAGCCAAAUAUCGCUUUGGACCGCUUAUUUGGCGUUCAUCAAAGGAGCGUCAAAAGGCAAAAUUCAAUCGCCGUGACAAAUGCAACUCCGGUGAUUCGGGCAUACAAAUUGAACUCGAACAUGAUGAGCACUACGUGCGUGCGCUGGCUGGCGCACAAAGAGCAGCCGCUACCCUGAUUAACACUUCGCAGGACAUAGAUGCAAAAGCACGCUCGAUACGCCGCUCUCAUUCUGCAAAGGCAAGUAACAUAUUGGAACAGACAGCUUCAAAACCACCGGUCUACAAAGAACUGAAAAUAGGCAGCGAUUGCAGCAUAGAACGUGAGGCACCCGAAUCCUUACCAACGCGUUCGAUCAGUCAACCGAGUGGGCUCGAUAUAUAUGGAGUACGUCGCGCCUAUAUUGAGGACAGCGACAGCGACAGCAUCGCGUCACAUGAGGAAGCGAACAGCUACCAUCCCAUUUAUGCGGAAGUGCUCUACAACUUCACCGCGGCUGGUCCGCAAGAGUUGGGUCUAGAGCGUGGCACAGUAAUCGAGAUAUUACGCAAGGAAUUGGGUCCUUGGUGGUUUGGACGCAUUAAAAAGCAGGAUGCCAGCAUUGUGGAAGAAAUACUUGAUCCUGAGCUAGGCUGGUUUCCCAAAGACUUUGUGCGCAUUAUACACAAUCGCGAAAUAGAUGAAUUUUUCUACGUGCGAAAGACGAUGUUGUGCGAUGAGCCUGUUGCAGCCGUUAAAGGUUUUGAAAUACCAGUGCCCGUCAGUGAAUUGGACACUAGCCACGAGAGUCCCAAUGCUACCAUAACUAUAGAUCAAAGCAACAUCACUACUAUAGUCAUUGAGUCACCCCCAUCUGCCGUCUUUAGAUCACCAACGCGUAUUAAUACGAUGCAGGAUAGUUGCCAUGCGUUACGGAAAGGCGCUGUUCGCGAGCUUCUCGAAACUGAAGUCAAUUACGUAAAGCUUCUGGCUGCCAUUUGUGAUGGAUAUUUGCCUGUCAUGAGCAAACGCAUCGAUAUAUUCUCCCCCAACAGCAUACGGCUCAUAUUCUCGAAUAUAACAGCCAUAUACAAGUUUCAGCAAGUGUUUUUGGAGGAACUGCGACAAGGCAUCGAACAAAAUCAAAUAUCAAAGGUCUUUUUAAAAAUGUAUAAAGGAUUUCUUUGCUACUCCACGUACUGUAAUGCUUAUCCACGUGCACUUAUUGAACUUGAAUCCUAUGAACGCAUCAAAGAUGCACACAUCAUUCUGGAAAAACUUAUCCCGCACAGUUGCCGGGAAUCCGAGAACUUAGCCGAACUACCACUAUCUGCACAUCUGCUGGCGCCAGUGCAACGCAUCUGUCGUUAUCCUCUGCACCUUAACGAACUUAUUAAGACUGCUGUGAAUAGUGAAAGUACAGUUGACACUAUUGACAUCGGCAUCCCAACGGAUACCUUAGACUAUGAACAAAUCGACGUGUCCAAGUAUAAUGUUGCCGAUACGCACGACACCGUUAAUAUGGCUCUUGAGAAAAUGCGCGGUAUCACAGAGGCUGUAAAUGAAGGUAAACGCCACAGUGAGACCAUUGCACGACACCAAGCCAGUUUUCAAAACUUUAAAGGAACACCCCUACACCUGCAGAGCACGCGAUUUUUCUUUCAAGUGGACGCCACACGCCAAAAGCAAAACCUGUGGAAUAGCAGCUACACUCUUUUCCUUUUUGAUAACCAAUUGAUCUACUGCAAACGUGAUAUCAUCAAGCGCAGUAAUUUUAUCUACAAAGGACGAAUCUUUUUGGAUCGGUGUCGAAUCGUGAACGUGCGAGAUGAAAAAAUGUUUGGUCACACAAUCAAGAACUCACUACGAAUCUAUUGCGAAUUACGGGACAAGUGGUACGACUUUAGCUUUCGCUCGGCAAACCGUAAACAUCGUUUUCUCAAUACGCUCGCCUUGGAGCGACAAUUUAGUGACAAGGCCCUGUACGUGUCUGAGAUGACUGGAUUUGAAUACAACUAUGAAGAGCGACCGGGUGACUUUUCUGACCAAUCGGACUAUGAGUUGCCGGACUGUGAGCACGCACUGGGCACCACAUCGGCAAGUGGCGACAGUUCAGUACCUGAAUCGCCGUCCAAGUCACCUUACCGCUCUUGCGAUACUUUACCAAAAAAGUCACAGUCGCGCGAUGCCAUUGCCAGUACCAGCCACGGAUCUGGACAGAUGCUUACGACAACGUCAACUGGUUCGUUGGGCCGACGCCGCCUUGGCAACUGGUUCCGCAAGCCAAAGAGUUCCAACUGUACACCGAGUCAGUCGCCAACGCACAAGUCGAGCUUUGAUGCGGAUUUGACGUUAACAGCCGCACGCGUAGCAGCCAUCGAAAUGGCAGCUGCCGCAGAACAAGAGGAGGAUAGUUCGUUCACUUAGUCAACCUAAUUAUACAUAAUAAGUUAUAAUUAAAAAGAUAUAUGUGAGUCGCAAUACGUAUAAAAAUAGAUACAUAUGGGUACGAAAAUACGUAUAGUCGCAUUACAUGAUUAAAAUGCCAAAUAUAUUAAAUAUUUGUUAAAAUUAUACAUAAAAAAUGCAUUUAAUAAUAGCGACACCUAAGUGUAUCCUUUACAAUUUGUUGCGUUUGUAUUUGUUAGUUAACCCUUUAAAGAGCGCUAUUUUUUUUAAAGAGUCAAUUAUAACCAAAAUUGACAUGUCCCUUAUGCGUAAGCAAAUUAAUAAUAAAUGUUUUUGUGUG